UACAUCAAGACACCUUUCUCAGUUUCAUUGAAACCUCAAUCAAACCUUCUCUACACACCCCAAACUCUGCAAACAUGGUUCUCGAGGCGACUAUGAUAUGCGUCGACAACUCAGAAUGGAUGCGAAACGGUGAUUACUCACCUUCUCGAUUCCAAGCUCAAGCCGAUGCCGUCAGUCUCAUCUGUGGUGCCAAAACCCAGGCCAAUCCGGAAAAUACAGUUGGGGUUUUGACGAUGGCGGGCAAAGGUGUUCGUGUGUUGGCUACACCCACUUCUGAUCUUGGCAGAAUCUUGGCUUGCAUGCACGGUCUGGAAAUGGGAGGAGAGAUGAACAUAGCAUCUGCAAUCCAGAUUGCUCAGUUGGCUCUUAAGCAUCGGCAAAAUAAAAAUCAACAGCAAAGGAUCAUAGUGUUUGCUGGAAGUCCUGUCAAAUAUGAAAAGAAGGUUUUGGAAAUGAUUGGGAAGAAAUUGAAGAAGAACAGUGUUGCUCUUGAUAUCGUCGAUUUUGGUGAAGAAGGUGAUGGAAAGCCAGAGAAGCUGGAGGCCCUUCUAUCUGCUGUUAACAAUAACGACAGCAGUCAUCUAGUACAUGUCCCUCCUGGUCCAGCUGCUCUCUCUGAUGUUCUUAUAAGCUCACCUGUAUUCACUGGUGAUGGUGAAGGAGGAAGUGGCUAUGCAGCCGCAGCCGCAGCAGCUACUGCAAUUGGUGGCUCCUCCGGCUAUGACUUUGACGUAGAUCCUAAUAUAGAUCCUGAGCUUGCUCUUGCUCUUAGAGUUUCCAUGGAAGAGGAAAGAGCAAGGCAAGAAGCUGCUGCCAAAAGAUCGGCUGAUGAAGCUAGUAGGCAAGGAGAGCAAGCACCAUCAAAAUCCGAGGAUGUAACCAUGUCAGAAAGUGGUGAUGUUUCAAUUCUCAAUGAAGAUAAGAAACCUACUGACAAUAUGGUUGACGAGAAUGACUUGCUAAAGCAGGCUCUUGCAAUGUCAAUUAAUGUGUCUGGAACUGGUAAUUCAGCAGGUGAUGCUGAGAUGUCAGAGGCAACUAAUGCAGAUCAAGAGUUGGCUCUAGCCCUUCAAAUGUCCAUGCAGGAAAGUUCAGGAGAGCCAUCAUCCCAGUUGGAUGUGAGCAAGGUGUUGGAGGACCAGUCUUUUCUUUCAUCUAUCCUUGAAUCUCUUCCAGGAGUUGACUCUAAUGAUCCUUCAGUGAAAGAGCUUCUUGCAUCUCUGAAGAAUCCGUCCAAAGAAAAGGAUGAAGGAGGUCCAUCAAAGGAGGACAAAUGAAGAUGUGACAUUUUGUAUGGUUAAGCCCUGAUUGGUCUAUUUGGUUAUUCUGUUGGGGACCAAAGAUAUUUAUUUGAGAGGUCUCCUAUUUAUUGUGGGAAGAUGAUACAAGAACAGAUGCAGAAAAGGAUCUUUAGAGAUUAUAACGAGUUAAAGAAAUUAUGCUGCAUUUCCACUCAUGUAGCAUGGAAUGUAAGCAAUAGCAUGAACUCUGCGAACUUCAUGUCAUGUUUAAGUUCUUUUAUUGAGGUAUAGUCUUGAACUCUCUUCUAAUAAAAUAUGUGUGCGAUAGGCUGGUAGUUGUUAUCUCUCAUUCAUAUGUUUUUCAGCCAAAUUUUCUGCAUAGAAUCACCGAUUUUGAAUCAGAUACUAAUGUUGGUCAAUGCAUUUGCUUUUAGUGACUUUCCAAGAACUUUCCCAUGGAUCAGAGGGUUGAUUUUUUUUUAUAGCUUUUUUCUAGUAACAAGGGAAAAGUCUGUUAAAUGAUAAUUGAAACCUAAUCUGCCACCAUGCUUGAC